ACAUAUAUACAUACAAUAUCUGUAUCUGUAUCUGUAUCUGUAUCUGUAUCUGUCGAAUACAACGAUCAAAUGGCCAACGUUGUCAAUAUGAACAGCCUGUUCAACGCCAAGGACUCGCGCUGGCUCCAGCUGGAGGUCUGUCGGGAGUUUCAGCGCAACAAGUGCUCGCGCCAGGACACCGAAUGCAAGUUCGCCCAUCCACCGGCCAAUGUGGAGGUACAGAACGGCAAGGUCACCGCCUGCUACGACAGCAUCAAGGGCCGCUGUAAUCGUGAGAAACCGCCGUGCAAAUACUUUCAUCCACCACAGCAUCUGAAGGAUCAGCUAUUGAUAAAUGGACGCAAUCAUUUGGCCCUCAAGAAUGCACUGAUGCAACAGAUGGGCAUUGCCCCCGGCCAGCCGGUCAUAUCCGGCCAAGUGCCAGCCGUGGCCACAAAUCCAUACUUGUCCGGGAUACCGGCCAAUUCGUACAGUCCGUACUACACAACUGGACAUCUGGUGCCCACCUUGCUGGGGCCCGAUCCGUCGGCCGUGUCCGCCCAGCUGGGGCCGGUGGUGCCGCAGGCGGUGCAGGUGCAACAACAGAAAAUACCACGUUCCGACAGGCUAGAGGUGUGUCGCGAGUUCCUGCGCGGCGCCUGCAAGCGGGCCGAAUCCGAAUGCCGGUUCGCACACCCGCAGGAGAGUGUCGCCCGCCACGACGAUGGCUCGAUAACGGUAUGCAUGGACGCCGUUAAGGGACGGUGCGCCCGUGAACCCUGCCGCUACUUUCAUCCCCCCCUGCACCUACAGGCACAAUUAAAAGCGGCCCAAACACGCGCCACCGCUGUCGCUGCUGCAGCUGCGGUAUGGCUAUAUACUAUAUAUUUUCUCAAUACUUUAACCCCCACCCUACCCCCCACCCCCCACACACCUUUUUGUAUGGAUGUUAAAACGGUUGGUUCAUUUUACUAUGAAAACUUCCAAUUCUCUGGAAUGGUGCCGUUCAAACGUCCAGCUGGAGAGAAGUCUGGCAUUCCAGUGUAUCAACCCGGUGCGACUACGUAUCAGCAGCUAAUGCAGCCCUAUGUUCCAGUCUCAUGUGAGUAUCCCCAACAACAACAACAACAACAACUACAACAACAACAUCAACAACAACCACAACAACAACAACAACAACAAGUACUACUACAACAACAACAACAACAACAAUUAGCGUUAAGUAGCGCCAUAACAACAACAACUACAACAGCAACAACAACAGCCAGUAAUAAUAUUAAUAAUAACAACAACAACAACAGCAGUAAUAACAAUAACGCCAUUCACGUAAAUGCUGUAAUUGCUACUGCCAUCAAUCCAUCAAUCACAACCGCAUCAAACGAUCAAUCAGCUGCUGCAGCAGAACCCACUAAUAAACCCAGUGACGAUAGUCACGAUAACGAUACCGAUAACGAUAAAGCUGACGAUGGUGCUGCUGACGAAAAAGAGAAUGAUAUUCCAAAAGACACUGACGAGCACAAUGAAACAUCGAAGCCAAACCCAAGCCCCCCCAUCGAUUGUAAUACAACACAGACAAUUGCAACAGCAGCAGCAGCAGCAGCUGCAGCUGCCACAGACUCAGACCCAGACGCACAGGAGACACAGGCAGCAGCAGCAGCAGCAGCAGUGGCCACCUCAUCCAGUGGCAGCUCACCCGCCCCCUGUCCAAGCCCACCCACUGACAGCAGCCUGCUGCCCCUGCCGGUGCCCCAGCCGCCCAAUGGGGACAAUAACAAUUACCUGUCCUAUAUCAAUAACAAUUUGACCAACGGCCAACGGAUCAAGUCCGCCAGUCCGCCCGAAGAGUCGCUCAACGACGAGGCAGACCAGGCCCCAGCAGCAGGUGGGGCCUCCCUGACCUCGACCCCUCGUGGCUAUAGCAAAUACAAUGGCGAUGCCUACCAGAGGGCCAGCAAUGCCGCGUACUCCAUGAAUGGCCACAGCACUGGGAUACUGCCCACGCCCACCAGCACCGCGCCCACAGUGACGUAUCAGUCCCAGGCACAGGCCCAGGCACAGGCUCAGGCCCAGGCCCAGGCCCAGGCACAGGCCAGUAUGCAGCGCAUCAACUAUGCCAUGCCCGCCUACAGCUAUGCCAAUUUGUACUCGCCCUACAACAGCGGCACCUCCUCCAUCGUGAGCAUCGCCGGCAACACGCCCUCCUAUGUCCAGGCCCAGAUGCAGCAGCAGCAGCAGCAACACCAGCAGCACCAGCAGCAGCAGCAGGCCCAAGCGCAGGCCCAGGCCCAGGCCCAGGCUCAGGCACAAGCGGCCUAUGCUCAGCAGGCUUAUGCCGCAUAUGCGGCCGCUGCAGGACUCACGCACACACAGCCCACGGCAGCCGCUGGCGGCUACUAUGCCGAUCCCGCUGCCCUGGCCAAGGAGGUGGCCCAAAAGAACUACGCCCUCAAGGUGGCCAGUGCCGCAUCGGCGGCGGCGGCGGGCAAGUCGGGAUCCCACUCGGCGGCCGCCUACACAGGCAUGACCCUCAACAAGGGAUUCGUGGCCGCUGCAGCUGCCCCGCAGCCCGUUCAGGCGCCACAGCCGCAGGCCGUCUCCAUGGCCACCCUGCUGCAGAUGCAGGCUCAGGCCCAGGCCCAGGCCCAUGCCCAGGCCCAGAUGCGGCAGAUGGGAUCCUUGCCCAAUUCGGGCAUGUCCACGCCCAUGGCGCCUGGCACGCCCCUCCGCUCGGCCAGCGCUGGCGGUGGCCAGGCGCCGCAGUACUUGUCGGGGCCUGCGGCCGCCUCUGGCGCCCUGCUGCGUGCCCCCUCGCCCAUGCAGUAUGCCGGAGCCCAGGGCUACUUCUAUCCGGGCGUAAUGUCCGCUCCGGCCGCAGCCGCCGCCGGAUAUGCCGCGGCCUAUGCCAUGCCCUCGAGUCAGGCGGCAGCGGCGCAGCAGUAUGCUGCAGCAGCAGCAGCAGCUGCCGCCGCUGCGGCCGCCCAGGGGGGAGCCCCAGGUCUGAAUCCCUACAAGAAGAUGAAGACGUCCUAA